GGGGCCGAAGGGCUGGAAACGGGGGGGCUGUUGGGCCCCUACCCCUCCCCAGGCCGCCUGUCCCUGGUGCCGUGGGCCGACGGGGGGGCGUUGGGGGCCCCCCCCCUGGACCCCCACCCCCCCCCCGGAGCCCCCCCGAUUCCUGGAGCUGCUGCAGCCCCCCCGGGGCAGCCCCCCCCCGCCGGGGCCCCUCUGCCCCCCGGCGCCGCCCAGCCCUGCGAGGCGCGGGAGUGCGUGAACUGCGGGGCGACGGCGACGCCGCUGUGGCGGCGGGACGGGACGGGCCAUUACCUGUGCAACGCCUGCGGGCUCUACCACCGCCUCAACGGGCACAACCGGCCCCUCAUCCGGCCCAAGAAGCGCCUGCUCGUCAGCAAACGCGCCGGCACCGUCUGCAGCAACUGCCAGACCAGCACCACCACGCUCUGGCGCCGCAGCCCCCGGGGGGACCCCGUCUGCAACGCCUGCGGCCUCUACUACAAACUGCACCGGGUGAACCGCCCGCUGACCAUGCGCAAGGACGGGAUCCAGACCCGCAACCGCAAGGUCUCGGCCAAGGGCAAGAAGCGGAGACAGGGGGGGGUCGCUGGCGCCGGGGGGGGGCCGGAUGCCAUGGGGGGGCCCCCCCCGCCCCCACCAGCACCCCCACAACCCCCUCCCGAGGACCCGGCUGCCCUCUACGCCCUCGGACCCCUCGUUCUAUCCGGACAUCUCCUCCCUUUCUCCACCGCUGGACCCUUUUUGGGGGGACCCGGGGGGAGUUACCCUGCCCCCCCAACCCCCGCCGGGCCCCCCCCCGGCCUCACCCCCCAGCUUUAACUGGUGGGGGGGGAGGCCCCCCAUUACAGUUCGUUCUCAGAAACGGA